AUGAUGCGGCGGCUUCAAGAAUCUUAUGAGCUCAGUAGAACCGCAGCCGACAUCUUGAUGGCAAUAGUUUCCAAAAGGAUUGAGCAUCUGGCCGACGCAGGCUGUGGCGUGCAAUACUGUGAAGCUGCAAUGGAUGCGAGCGCUUCACAAGUUGAGGGGAAAACCAUGGCAAACUGGUUUGUCAACUGUCCAAUAUGCCCAGCAGAGUUCCGCAAGCUUGUUGGAAGCGUAUCAAAGGGCACACUACUCAGACCAAUGGCACAUGAGAUCUUAUGUGAAGCAAUCAAAACUCCGGCAGUCUCACUUGGUGACCACCUUAAAAACCAAUCGAACCAAAAGAACCAACCAGAUGAUGAACCGACCGCCCAGAAAUUAGCCCAACAAAUCACCUCGGAGAUGCAGAAAGAGGUCCAGUUGAUUAAAAAUGGGCAUCCGCAGAUCAUCGCCAAGUUGGUCGGAGAAGGCAUGCAAAGGAGUUGUAAAUACAUUGAUCCUUGUCUGCUUUGA